CCUUCCCCCACCCGACUUCUUCUCCUCCUGCCGCGCCGCCGCCGCCGACGGUUGGGCAGACUCGCGGCUCUUUGCCCGCCCUUUUCGGGUUUGGUUCUGCCGUUGGGGCCGGAGUUGAAUUACCAUGAGCGAGGGCGGUGAGGACUGGGCCCCGCCGUCCCCUAAGCAGCGGCGCUUAGACCCGGUUUGUCAACUGCAGAAGGAGACGGAGGCAGCCCAAGCGCUGGCCGAAAUGACGGCUUGGGGCGGCGGGAGCUUUGAAACCCUCAACCAGCAGGGGGCGCACGGAAGCUCCUCCGCCAAACCGAGGAGCCUGGAAACGGCCGGCCAACAGGGGGCGCGCGAAACCACGGGCCCCGCGGCCGGGGAGCGGAACGCUUCGGCGGGGCAGAGUUUGGUGGCUCGGCACGGCCGGGCGAAGGGCGACGGGGAGGCGUCCUCCGACGAGGACCAAGGAAGCGCAGCGGGGGGCGUGGAGCCCGCCAGGGCGAAGCGGAGGAACGCGGAAGCCGCCGCCGCCGUCGGGGCGAGCGACGACUACGAGGAUGGCCGGGAGGCCAAGAGGAAGAGGAAGGACGCCAAGGAGAGGCGCAGGGCGGCCGAGGUAGCAGCCGAAGCAGCGGAGGACGAGUGCUCCGUCAUUUCGGUGGGGGAGGAAGAGGAGGACGACGAGGAGGAGGAGGAGGAGGAAGAAGAGGAGGAAGAGGGGGGGAAACGGCAACCCGCUCGCAAAACCGAGCAGUACUUGGAAGCCCUGGAGGCUGUGCAGCUGGAACUGGAAGCCGUCAACCAGCAGGCCAACCGUGCCUUUGCCCAGCUCAAAGCCAAGUUCAGUCACAUGCGGCGGCCACAUCUGGAGCGACGCAACGUCAUCAUCCAAAACAUCCCCGGUUUCUGGGUCACCGCUUUUCUCAACCAUCCUCAGCUUUCAGCCAUGAUCAAUGACCGGGAUGAAGACAUUUUGAGCUAUAUGACUAAUCUGCAGGUUGUGGAUUUCACCCAUGCAAAGUCAGGCUGCAAGAUCAAGUUCUACUUCAGCAGCAAUCCCUAUUUCCAGAAUGAGGUCAUUGUGAAGGAGUUCCAGUGUGGUUCCUCUGGGAGAUUAGUUUCUCAUUCUACACCAAUUCGCUGGUGGCGUGGCCAGGAUCCACUAGCUCAUGGCCAGAAGAACUUUGAAAUGAGCCGCAGCUUUUUCAGUUGGUUCUGUGACCAUAGCUUUCCUGCAGGAGAUCGCAUUGCUGAGAUCAUUAAAGAAGACUUGUGGCCCAAUCCACUUCAGUACUACCUGAUGGGGGAAGGUGGUGAAAAUGGUGAAGAAGACAGUGAGACAGAAAAUGGUGAUGACUUUGUUGUGAUUGUGGAUGAUGAUGGCGAAGAUGAGGAAGAUGGGGUGGCAGAUGUCCAUGAGAUCAUAGAUGAAGAAGAGACUGGGCAAG